GGGGCAGCCAUUGCCUGGCCCUGUGCAAAAGAGGCCUCUUUUUCUCCACAGAGGCUGUGCCACUCUGUCUGCAGCGAAAAGACAGCAUUGAUGCCUCUGUCACCAUCUCCUGUGUGUGAUGAGAGGAAAAGAGCCACAAUGCAGCCAGCUCAGGUUCCAGUGUCCUUUGAAGCGGUGGCUGUGCGUUUCACCCGGGGGGAAUGGACCCUGCUGCACCCAUCCCAGAGAGCUCUCUACAAGGAAGUCAUGCUGGAGAAUUUUUGGAACGUGGCCUCCCUGGGACCUCCGGUUGCCAAACCUGACCUCGUCUCCUGGCUGGAAGAGGAGGAAGAGCUGUUUCUCCUGACCUCUGAUGAAGAGGAGGGAUUAUCAGAAGGAGGCAUAUGGGAAUCAUCAAAUGAAAGGAAACAACAUCCAGUGCUGGAGGAAGAGGAUCCGUACGCAGUUGAGAAAGAGGCGGUCAAAUAUAGUGGUGCCCUGAGGAAGGAGGAGGGAGAACGUCCAUACAAACGGAGGAAUAAAGCUGGUCUCUUACUGAGGAGUAACUCUCUGCUGCAAGAAGGAUAUGAAGGACAGAAUAGGGAUGCGCGUCCUGCAAAAGGCAGAAAGUUUCCUAAAAACUCAGAUAUUAAUAUUCAAGGGAAAACCUGUAACAGAAAACAAAUGUCUAAGUCUCUAAAGUGUGAGAUGAUGUUUGGGCAGAAAAAUAGGCUAAUGUGCCAUCAAAGAAUUCACCCUGGGGAGAAGCCGCAUAAAUACAUGGAGAGUGGAAAAAACGUUAGAUUGAGACAUAACCUUACUUUCCAUGAGAGAAUUCACACCGGAGUGAAACCAUAUAAAUGCCUGGAGUGCGGAGAGAGCUUCAGUUACAGUAGCAUCCUUACUGUCCAUCAAAGAAUUCAUACAGGGGAAAAACGGUAUACAUGCCUGGAGUGUGGAAAAAGCUUCAGUCGCAAUGGAACCCUUACUGUCCAUCAGAAAACUCACACAGGGGAGAAACCAUAUAAAUGCCUGGAGUGCGGAAAGAGCUUCAGUUACAGUAGCAUCCUUACUGUCCAUCAAAGAAUUCAUACAGGGGAAAAACCGUAUAAAUGCCUGGAGUGUGGGAAAAGCUUCAGCUACAGUGGAAACCUUACUCUCCACCGGAAAAGUCACACAGGGGAGAAACCAUAUAAAUGCCUGGAGUGUGGAAAAAGCUUCAAAAACAGUGGUAGCCUUAUUCUCCAUCACAGAAUUCACACAGGGGAGAAACCGUAUAAAUGCCUGGAGUGUGGAAAAAGCUUCAGUUGCUGUGGAAACCUUACUGUCCAUCACAGAAUUCACACAGGGGAGAAACCAUAUAAAUGCCUGGAAUGUGGAAAAAGCUUCAAGGAACGUGGGAAACUUACUGUCCAUCAAAAAAUUCACACAGGGGAAAAACCACAUGGAUGCUUAGAAUGUGGAAAAAGUUUUAAGAGAAAUAGUCACCUUAUUAUCCAUCAAAGACUUCACACAGGGGAGAAACCAUAUAAAUGCCUGGAGUGUGGAAAAAGCUUCACGGAGAGUGGAAGCUUGAAAUCCCACCAAAGAAUUCACACAGGGGAAAAAAAAUAUAAAUGCCAGGAGUGUGGAAACAGCUUCAGGCAGAGUUCACACCUUACAUCUCAUCAAAAGAUUCACACUGGUGAGAAAAAAUAUAACUGCCUGGAGUGUGGAAAAAGCUUUAGACUGAGAAGUAACCUUACUUCCCAUGAAAGAAUUCACACAGACGAGAAACCAUAUAAAUGCCAGGAGUGUGGGAAAAGCUUUAAAUUGAGACAAACCCUUGCUGUGCAUGUAAGAAUUCACACAGGUGAGAAACCAUAUAAAUGCCUGGAGUGUGGAAGAAGCUUUGGUCGGAGAGACGUCCUUGCUUCCCAUCAAAGAAUUCACUUAAGGCAGAAACCAUAGAAAUGCUUCGAGUGUGGAUUGGGCUUUAAAUUGGCUUGCAAAAUUACAAGGUACUGCAAUUAAACAGUAUAUUAAUACGGUCCAUGUUUUAGAAGAAUUACAUACAACUUUUCAGAGAUUAGAAUCCAAACCUUGUCAGUAUUCCAGGCACAACUUGAAUACACUGGCACAGAUCUGCUAUACCUCUAGUUUCAAUGGUUAACUCUCAGUGGAUAUUCUGUGGAGGAGAGAAACCAUGUCUGUCACACACUGUAACUCCUGGAUUGCGCAGUGAGCAUCUUUUAGGCCUUAGCUUCAUGGGCAACACCCACUAGGCUUCAGCAGCAACUCCGUUCUCCCUGUAGGAUGCAAAUCAAUUCAUCCCAGUUUCAGUAGCAAGCAGGAACCCUCAGAACCCCUGAGAGACAUAUAUGCAACAGUAGAUAUAGUAUGAUGAUAGCCGAGAAAGAACAUUACGUUUAAUUAAUACAUAGUUUUGAUAUGCAUGAUUAUUAGUUUCAUUCUCUGUACCAGACGCAAGAAAGCCCCUUUGUUUCUAUUCCUCUAGCCUUACAUUUCUGCCCGAGCCAGCUGUAAAACUGAAAGUGCAUUCUAGAGACAUAAGAUCCACUUUUAAUUAUCCAUUCUGCCUUUCUGCCUAGUCUCUGCAAAGUCUCAAGAGAUUAGAUACGUUCAAAUCCUGAGAACAGAGUAUUAGCUUGGGCUGAAACUGUCUUCAGUGUCUCCUUGGGAAAGACGAAUAGCCAAGCUUGUGUUACAUAUCGGGGUACUUGCUCAUGCUGAUGGUAACAAAUCAAGACCUUUGGUUCAAGAAUGUUAGGGGGAUCACCUUCUCCUUGGAACUAUAUCACGAUAUUGGACAGAUUAUCAAUGGUCUCUUGUAUGAACAGACAAACUACCAGCCCUGGGAAUGGCACACAGCUGUAAGAUAGUUACUUUAUUGAUACCACAGAGAAGGAAUGUUUGUUCUUUGAUAUAAUAGACAAUUGCUAAAAGUGUUGAUUGAGAAGAUGGACAACCCUCUAAUUGUAAUGAACCAAUUGACCAAUGCCAGGUCAUAUGUAUAUGCAACCGGCUUGACCAGUUAUUUGUUGAAUAUCAUUUCUGCUAAUGAACCCGAGUUGAUAAAAGUUCAUGUAAUGCCUUUGGAAACCAGAAGAGCCACUAGGCUCUACCUAUUCUCUUCUGUUUAUUCAAAUAAACCAGUUCGUUUACCCUC